AUGGCAUCCCAAGGUGAAUUACCCCCAAAUCAGACCGGCAUCAUUCAACAUGAAGGCGGCAUUCUUCAAAUCACCCAUGGUCUACCUAUCCCAGAACUCGGCCCCCACCAAAUGUUGGUGAAGACUGCUGCCGUGGCCCUCAACCCCUGUGAUUAUAAAAUGCCACUGAGGUUCCCGACCCCAGGUCUCUGGGAUGGGUGUGACUUUUCAGGAACAGUGGUUGCGCUAGGAAGCGAAGUUGCUGCACAGGGGCGAUUCCGCCUUGGAGAUCAGGCUUUUGGUGCCGUUCAGGGCUCAAAUAUGUCAGAUCCAAUGUCUGGAGCCUACUGCGAGUACAUUCGAACCGAACCGGAUCUUACUUUCCAUGUUCCUAAAGGAAUGGAUCUUGUCAAUGCACCCUCCCUCUCAGGGACCGCAAUUGCGACUCUUGGGGUUGCUCUUUUUUGGUCACUUCAAUUGCCCGGAACAUUGCACACACCAGCAUCCAAAUCCGAGGAUGUUCUGGUAUACGGUGGAAGUAGCACUGUAGGACUACUUGCAAUCCAGAUGGUGAAGCUCUGUGGCCACCGCGUAAUCACCACAUGCUCCCCUCAUAACCGCGACUUGGUUACAUCAUACGGGGCAGAUCUUGUCUUUGAUUACAACUCACCAACUUGUGGCGAAGAGAUUCGAGCGGCCACAAAGAACACCUUGCGAUAUGUGCUUGACCCCUUUGCGGAAGCCAAGACUCUGCGAUUGUGCUAUGCAGCCAUUGGUCGUACUGGAGGAAGGUACUGUGCACUUGAGCAAUAUCAAGAGAGUCUUUGCUCGCGAAAGACAAUCAAGCACGAACUAGUCAUGGGAGGUGCCAUCUCGGGACGAGGUGUCGAGCUCCCAGACCCAUACGGCAUUGCGCCACGAUCCGAGAUUGGAGUCUGGGCUCGGUCAUGGUACCUAGAACUCCAACAAUUGAUAAACAAUGGGAAGCUUAAACCUUGUCAAACUCAAAUCAUUCCAGGCAAAUUUGAAGGGAUCUUGGAAGGUUUGGACAUGCUGCGAAAUAGAAGGGUUUCGGGGAAGAAGCUUGUCGUCCCUAUGACCACGAAAUGA